AUGACUGGACAAAUCUCACAAGCUAGAAGAAACAGAGGUCCUUUGAUUUUGAGUGCUGCUACUGCUUCAACUCCAAGAAAUUGGAGCCUCCCUAAUGAUACAUCAAGAGAAUUCACUAGGGACCUGAAUCAAUCAAUUGAAUUUGCUAAACUUGCCGAGAAGGCAAAGUUUCAUAAUGUCUUUUUCGUUGAUCACUUAACUUGGUUUGAUGUUUAUGGUGAUAGUCAUGAAGGUAGUGCUAAAUAUGGUGUUAAUGCUCCCAGAAUUGAUCCAUCCCUAUUAGUUAGCGCUUUGGCCUCUCAUACGAAAUCUAUUGGUUUUAUUACUACAUUGAGCACAAUUAGUGAACAUCCUUAUCACUUUGCUCGAAGAUUGGCAUCAUUAGAUCAUUUGAGUGAUGGAAGGGCUGGUUGGAAUAUUGUUGCAUCAUAUUUACCAAGUGUUGGUAAAAAUCUUCUUGAUGGAGCACCAAUACCAGAGCAUAGUGAAAGAUAUGUCAAGACUGAGGAGUAUCUAGAUGCUGUUUAUGAGUUGUUAUUGUCUUCUUGGAGGGAUGAUGCUUUAGGAAAAUACUUUAGUAUUAAAGGGCCUGCAAUUACAGAGCCUACAAAGCAAAGAUUUCCACUUGUUGUUCAAGCUGGUUCUUCAGAAAAAGGUAUUGAAUUUGCAGCCGAGAAUGCUGAAUUGGUUUUCAUAGACACUAAAUCUACCGACAAGAUUCCAGAGAUUAGAAAAUUAGCUGAAACGCGUUUCAAUAGAGAUCCUUAUUCAAUCAAAUUUAUCACUAGUUUACUUCCCUUUAUCGGUAAUACUCAUCAAGAGGCACUUGAUAAAUUUGAAGAGUACAAAAAAGCUGAGAAUCUUGAGGCAAACUUAGUGUUCUUUGGUGGGAUUUCAGGUUUUGAUCUAUCCAAAUAUGGUUGGGAUGAAGAAGUUGGGGAUCAAGGUGAAAGUAAUGCUAUCAAGUCUAUUACUAAAACUGUUUUAAAUGGAGACAAAGGUGGGCAGACAAAAACUGAUAUUGCAAAGAAAUAUGGAACACGCUUAUCAUUUGCAGGUACAGCUUCUGAAGUCGCGGAUCAAAUAGAAGACUUACUUUCAAAAGCUGACAUUGAUGGUUUCAAUUUUAUCGUUUCUCCAUAUCCCGGGAUGCUGAUUGAUAUUGUGGAAUUAUUGGUUCCAGAACUUCAACGUAGAGGUUUGGCACAGACUGAAUAUUCAGUUCCAGGUGGAACUUUGAGAGAAAACUUUUAUGGUGAAGAAGGUAAAACCUUUUUGAGUGGUGAUCACCCAGCAUAUAAUCUAAGAUGGAGAAAAGGUGUUUCUAAAGAACAAUUCGAAAAGGAAUUGAGCCUAUACAAGGCGUUGAGAAAUGAGAGAAGAAAGUCCAACAUUGGAAAGUCAAAAAAAUAA